CUUUAUGUUGUUGUCAGCGGCUCAGACGGGUUGGAAUUGAUAGCCUUCAGUGAAGAAGAAGAAGAACUUGUGUUGAAAUCGUGGAACACAUUGAAGAAGGAUGUAGCUAAGCUUGGCCUCAAGUUCUUCUUCAUGAUAUUUGAGAUUGCACCCUUGGCUGCAAAGCUCUUCUUCUUUUUGUGAGACUCACAGAUUCCACUUGAGAAGAAUCCCAAGCUCAAAGGCCAUGCAAUGUCUGUCUUCAUCAUGACAUGUGAAGAAGCAGCACAACUCAUAACUACUGGCAAGAUUACUGUGAGGGAAACGAUAUUGAAGAAGAUUGGUACCAAACACGUCGUGUAUGGUGUACUUGAUGAACAUUUCAAGUUAUUACCAUGAUGAAAUUUGUUCUGCUGGAGACGAUAAAAGAGUAUGUUCCUCAUAUGUGGAGCAUAGAGAUGAGCAUGGAUUGUAGCUUAAAAUCACUUAGUUGAAGCUAUAAAUGAGGAGAUGAACUCGCUUUCUUGAGAACAUAAUUGGUUUUUGAAUUCUUGCAUAUGGUGUGAAGCCGUAUGCAAGUUUCCUACAUUUUUGCCUUGAAUUAUCUCAGAAUUAUAGAAAUAUUCUGAUAAUUUUGUUUAUUAAAUUAUUAUGUAGGGGUUGCCUGCUUGUACUCCAAGUUGAAGUUCGUUGCAUCCGAAAUGUGUAUUGAUGGAUAUGGAGCUGGAUCCCACACUGCAAAAGUACAAGAUAUUGAUUGGCGUUAGCAUAAUUAUAGAUUGAUGUUGUCAUUUAUUUUUGAUAUAGUUUAUAUGAGGGAAAAAUAAUAAUUUUGUAAUUUUAUAUUUAUUUACAUAAAAGUUAAUAAAAGAUUUUUAUGUUAAUUAGA